AUGUCACUGUAUUUUGACACACGUGUACAAAAUCCAGAAACAGCUUCGAUAAGCACUCACGUGAUUUGGCAUACCAAUUAUCCGUUAUUAGCAGUCGCCUCGUAUUCUCAGGAUAAGGGUGGUUUUGUGACAAUUUAUGAUGAUCAAGGAGAGCCUAUUCAGGAUGUGGAAUCGCCAAGACAUUCUGUGGCUCAAGUUACUGCUAUCGGAUGGCACCCAGAAAGGCGCUGGCUUGCCGCAGGAUGGGAAAGCGGAGAACUGCGGGUAUGGCCAGGCGAUACUGGAAGUAACGAAUUCAACGUAGUAGUUACUCCACAUCGCGAUCCCAUUAAUAUUCUACAAUGGAGCCAGCAUGGUGGAAGAUUGGUAUCCGCGGACACGGCCGGGUCAAUAAUUGGUUGGAAAAUUGACUCGAGAGGUCAAUUGCUAAUGACGUUUCAUCACGAAUUGAAAGAUUCUUUCGUGCAAAUAAUUUUUAAAACCAUUUUGCCAAAAUCAACGAUAGAUAUAAGUGGUUUAGCGAAAGCCGCGGUUUCAGGGGAUGAAAGAGCAUUAGAUAUGUUUAGUUCUUGGCGUCCCAGAACUGCUGCUCCGACAGCUAUCGUAACACAAAGGGAUAAUCAUGCUUUUUAUGUCGGAACUACCAGCGGCAUAAUAUAUUUUGUUGAUAAUCAGGGACAAUGUACGGAGGUACUCAGUAUGAGUGGCACGGCAUUGCAGUUUCUACUGCAUCAUCAAACUAGAGAUUCUAUUAUUAUUAUGACAGAGGGUUUGAACAUAGGGCAUUUCCAAGCAGAUCCCAUUACCGGACAACUCACAGAAUUAACAAAAGUGAGACUUAGCAGCAGAUGCGAUAUAUCACGUGCUAGUCCAGCACUGUGUUGGACCGUUGGAAAUACUUUGGCAAUUCUUACCGGAGAAUUGGGCGUUCGUUGUUGGAAUCUUCACACUAGCGAUACCUACGUAUUGUCUCCGCCAGAAUCAUCGACCGGAAGUAUCGCUAUGCCGCAGGAAAUUUGUACCAGCAUAUCUUUUUGUAAAAACAAUGGCACUUUGGCUGCUGGAACAAAUUUGGGAACAAUUUAUUUAUGGAAACGCAAAGUUGAAUUAGACAGCGACGAGAGUGGCUGGCCAGCUGUACCAGAAUGUUGUAGCAUUCACGGUACGGUAAAACAACUUACAUGGGGUGCUGCUUUAUUAAGAAACCCGCUGCUUGCAGUUAACUGUGUCACUAAUGUAUUCGUGUUGCACCAACAACCAAUGUGUGCUGCAUACAAUGAUGGCAUUUGCGCCAGUCAACUCGCCCCUACUCAAAUCUUAUUAGAGAUCGAAGAGUCAACUUACAUUUUAAAAACCGACAUACAAGUGCAACUCGUCGCCGUUAACAAAGACUACGUUGUUGUUUCCUCGGGUAGACAAAUCGCGGUUUAUAGAAUUAACAACGAGACCACCAUAAGCACUACUGUGAUUAGCAGUUUCAAUUGCGACACGGAGAAGCUAUUAAUUUAUGGCCACACAUUGAUCAUUUUGACGCCUGUGGUCAUACAACUGCGAUCGGUAGAGAGCACAAUUACUCAGAUUUUACCUACAUUGCCGGAAGAAGGUGAACCGAUCACAAUGGAUCUUACCGGACCGUAUCUAACAGUUGCAUCUUUGAACGGUAUAUUAAAAAUUUGGGAUCUGAGCAAGCGUGAGGCUAAGUUGCACACAAGAGCAAUGGCGACUUACGAAGCGAUCAGCGACUUCGCCGAGAUUAUCGAGGCUAGAUGUAACGCGGAUUGCCGUUGCGUGUCCAUCACCGUCGCUAUGACUAACUUGAUGCCUAGUUCAAUCCUAUAUGUCUGGGAUAUAGAAAGCGAUCAAAUACUCGAAUUCGAUUUCGCAAUAUCCGACGACAUCGACGAGGACGAUGCCGCUCUAACCGCAAAAUGUAAAGGAAGAUUGGUCACUGCUCACUGUUGGGACUUGGAAGACCCUAGGCUUCUGGUAUGUCGUGCUCAAAGACUGGAGACACGAGAUUCCAAGAAUUCCUUAAAACAAAACGAUGAGAAUAAUGAUUACAGCGUUUCGAACGCCACUGUGGUUUUGGUAUCGAUGUUUGCUACGUCGGAUCAUGGAAUAGUCGUGCAGGAUAUAAAACCGAUCGAGGAUGACAAUUGUAGAGUGUUGGGGGUGCAGACACCGCACAUAAUCAUUCUGAAUUCUGAAAAGGUAGCGGACAGAAAUAGCAAAGUACAAAAAUUGCUUAUGAGGGACUUCGAGGAAUUAGGCGUGUGCGAUCCAGUCACGAAGAAAGCUGUUUUGGACUUUAGUUUUCAUAUCAGCGUCGCCAACAUGGACGAGGCAUUCAAAGCGAUAAAGUCUAUUAAAAACGAAGGCAUCUGGAAAAGUUUGGCGAGAAUGUGCGUGAAGACGAAGCAGUUGAACAUGGCCCUUUUGUGUCUAGGCCACAUGAAGCAAGCUAGAGCAGCGAGAGCUCUUAGAGCAGCUAUGCAAGAUGACAGUUUAAACCUGGAAGCUAAAGUGGGCAUAUUGGCCGUGGAACUUGGUCUGUACAGCGACGCUGAACAUCUCUUCCGCGAAGCGAAAAGGUUGGAUCUGUUAGGCAAGCUUCUCGAGGCACGCAACAAAUUUAAGGAAGCCAUAGAAUUAGCAACUAACGAGAAUAAAAUUUGCGAGAAAACAAGUUACUACAAUUAUGCAAAAACACUCGAACAGGAAGACAAAAUAGCAGAGGCUAUCGAUAUGUACACUAAAGCGGAUUGUCACAGGUUCGAGGUACCGAGGAUGCUGCUCGUGAGACCCAGAGAAUUGUUGACGUAUCUGAAUAAUUCUGAGGAUCCAGAAAUAAAAAAUUGGCAUGCACAAUACAUAGAAUCAACGGGCGACAUGGAGGGAGCCUUGCGUUUGUACGAACAAGCCAAGAAUACUUUAGCAAUGACAAGAUUGCUUUGUUAUUUUGGCAAGGAGGACGAAGUCAGCGAUUUGGUGUCCCGAACAAACCACGCUGCCUCUGCGUACCAUCUGGCUGCACAUUAUGAAUCAAAAAAUAACGUGACGCAAGCUAUUCAUUUUUAUACCAUUGCUAAAGCUUAUACAAACGCAAUCAGGUUAUGCAAAGAACACGACAUGUACGAAGAAUUGUGGCCGUUGGCUGUAUUGGCACCGAGGCAAUCGCAAAUAGACGUUGCAAAAUACUACGAAGAAAAUGACCAACCGGAUAAAGCGGUUUUACUGUACCAUAAAGCUGGAUUGUUGCAUAAAGCUCUGGAUAUCGCGUUCAAGACCAAGCAGUACAGUGCUCUGCAAUUGAUCAUUAUGGAUGUCAAUGCAGAUUCUGAUCCCGCUUUGAUAGAGAAGUGCGCCGACUAUUUUGUUCAAAACGAUCAGAUCGAGAAAGCCGUCGAUUUACUCGCCACGGGAAAGAAAUACUUGGAGGCACUGGAAUUGAUGCAACAGCAUAAUAUUCUGCUGGUCGAAGACCUCGCGGAGAAGAUGACGUUGGAAAAGAUCGACAACGACGCGGAGCGCGAAAAAAUUCGUAUCUCUAUAUUGGAGAGAAUCGGUGAAAUUGCUUUCGAGCAAGGUAAUUAUCACUUGGCGACGAAGAAGUUCACGCAAGCUGGAAACAAAUUGAGAGCCAUGAAAGCGUUACUGAAGUCUGGCGAUACGGAAAAGAUCUGCUUCUUCGCCCAAGUUUCUAGACAAAGGGAGAUUUAUAUUAUGGCUGGGAAUUAUCUGCAAUCGCUGGAUUGGCAGAAUCAACCGGACGUCUUGAAAAAUAUUAUCAAUUUUUACUCGAAAGGAAAAGCGAUGGAUCUGUUGGCUAAUUUCUAUGUUGCCUGCGCUCAAGUGGAAAUAGACGAAUUUCAAAAUUACGAGAAGGCACUCGAUGCUCUGAAUCAAGCCAGUAGGUGUCUCUCAAAAGUGAUCACUCCGAGGGAUCCUGAUAUUCAUAAAAGAGCAGUUGACCUCGUAAACAAUAGAAUAGCGACGAUUAGGCGCUAUCUGGAUAUCAAGAAAUUAUUUGAUAGAGGCGAAACGGGAACAGCGAUGCAACAGGUUCGUCAGUUGCUAGAUUCUCAAGGGCCUGAUUUGGAACAGUCAGUGCGCCGUGGCGAUCUGUUUGCGACCAUAACGCAGUACUAUAUCAACAUCGGCGAUAAUGAUAAAGCACGCGCUGCAAUAGAAGAACUGAAGCGUUUGGUACCUGGAAUUAAUUUAAAUUAUUAUUACAAUGCGAGUGUGUUGGAAUCGCUCGGUUACAAAAUGAAAAUUCAACGAGAAGAAAGCUCUGACAAAGAAGACGACAUCGAAGAACUUUUGGGUGAAUAAAUAUAUUAAGGAGGACAUUUAGCUGAAAAUCAAAUACUAGUAAUUUUCCAAAUAAUUCAGAGGUC